UGUGGGUUCAGGAACCUGUGGCCCGGCUCUCCGCGCGUCCCCGUUCCCCCCGUGGCCCCGGCCCCGGCCAUGAAGCGCAUCUUCUCCUGCUCCAGCUCACAGGUGGCGGUGGAGAGAUGGAACCGCCGUGAUCAGAAGCUGCUGGAGGCGGUGCAACGGGGGGACGUGGGACGCGUGGCUGCCCUGGCCUCCAGGAAAUCUGCCCGACCCACUAAGCUAGACUCGAACGGCCAGUCCCCGUUUCAUCUGGCCGCCUCCAAAGGCCUGACAGAAUGUCUGACUAUACUACUUGCCAAUGGGGCUGACAUCAACAGCAAGAAUGAGGACGGCAGCACCGCCCUGCACUUGGCCACCAUUUCUUGCCAGCCACAAUGUGUCAAGGUCCUGCUGCAGCAUGGUGCCAAUGAAGACGCUGUAGAUGCAGAAAAUCGUAGUCCAUUGCACUGGGCAGCCUCCUCUGGCUGUGCCUCAAGUGUGCUCCUUUUGUGUGAUCAUGAAGCCUUCCUGGAUGUCCUGGAUAAUGAUGGACGUACACCCCUGAUGAUUGCCUCACUGGGCGGUCAUGCAGCUAUCUGCUCACAGCUACUGCAGAGAGGUGCCCGGGUCAAUGUCACCGACAAGAAUGACAAAUCGGCUCUGAUCCUGGCCUGUGAAAAAGGCAGUGCUGAGGUGGCUGAACUGCUCCUGAGCCAUGGAGCAGAUGCGGGGGCAGUGGACGGCAUGGGGCAUGAUGCUUUGCAUUAUGCCCUACGCACACAAGACAGGACACUGUGGAGGCUGCUGCGGCAGGCCCUGAACCGGCAGGGCCGAGGGGGUCAGGGGCCAGUUCAACACCUGAAUCCUGCAUCCCAGGCCUCUCCCUCUGAGUCUCAGGUGGGUGUUCCACAUAAGAGCCCAUGGAGGGCAGAGCCUGAGGAGGAGCAAGAGGAAGAAGAGGAUGAGGAUCCAUGUUCAGAGGAGUGGAAGUGGAAGUAUGAAGAGGAGAAGAGAAAAGUUUCUCAGUUGGAGCAGGAACUGCUGCAAAAGAUGGAAGAGUGCAAGGCUCAAGCUACAGCUUACCUGGGCCUGGAGAAUCAGAUUCAGGAACACGUGCGGGAGCUGGGGCUCCUCCUGUCCCAAGAGCCCAGAGCUCCCGGGGACCAGGGCUCUAGUCUCCGGCCUGGAGGAGACGGCAUGGAACAGGGUUGUGCUCUCAACCUGCUGGCUAAGCACAUACAAGAGCUGAAGAAGCAUCAGCAGGCCACAGCUGCAGCGGCAGCCAACCCAGUAUUAGCUUCCAAGAAGGCUGAGGAUUCAGUCCCAGGGGAGAUCCAGUAUGAAGCCCAGGGAAGGUCCCAACCAGAACAGGAGCCACCCCAGAGCCCAAAGUCUGAGACUGUAGGGGAAACUACGGGACAGCAACUGACCAACAGUGAUGGGCAAGCCCUUUGCCUUGAUCAUACUGACCAGCUGUUUGCUGGCCGGAAGGAGAGGCCCCAGGCUCCAGGGUCUGAACCCACAAGCACAGUGGCUGAGCCAGUGGGCACAGCAGCCAUGAAUCAGCUCCUGCUACAGCUGAGCGAGGAGCUGGCUGCGGUGUGGCGAGAAAAGGAUGCAGCCCGGGGGGCUUUAUCAAGACCCGUCUUGGAGGGAGCUCUGGGGACACCCCGGGCUGAGGCUGCAGCAGCUGCCUGGGAGAAGAUGGAGGCCAGGUUGGAGCAGGUGCUGGUGAGACUGGAUCGAGCAAAAGCAGGAUUGCAGAUGAAACCCCAGGCCCCUGCCCAGGAGCCCAGAGAGGAAGCACCCAAGGCACUGCCAGGGACCAUCACCCAAGAGGAUGAAGAAAAGGAGAAAAGGGUCCCCGGGGCCCGGGGAGAACCUCUAGGGGCUCCUGGAGGGGACCAGAUGGCAGGAGGAGGCCAGGCCAGGGGACAGCUGGAGAAGGAGGUGUCCGCCCUGAGACUGAGCAACAGUAACUUGCUGGAGGAGCUGGGGCAGCUGGGCCGGGAGCGGCAACGGUUGCAGGGGGAGCUGCAGUCCCUGAGCCAGCGGCUACAGUGGGAGUUUGUGCCCAGGCCGGAGGCGCAAGUCCAGCUACAGCAGUUGCGGAGGAGUGUGGGGCUGCUGACAGAUGAACUGGCCCUGGAGAAGGAGGCCACCGAGAAGCUGCGGAAGCGCCUGGCCUCCCAGAACAGAGGCCUCCAGGGACUGUGGGACUGCCUGCCCCCAGACCUGGUAGGCCAGGGGAGUGCACGGGGCGCAGCCGAGCCCCUCGAAGACCUGCAGGCCUGCAUCAGUGCCUUGGUGGCCAGGCACCGCGAGGCCCAGCAGGGGCUGGCUCGGCUGGAAGAGGAAAACCAGCAGCUACGGGGCUCCCCUUCCCGCCGUGGGGAGCCAGGCAUCUCCACGAAGGGCUCGGCCUCCCCUCAGGUGGCGGCUCUGGAGCAAGACCUGGGGAAGCUGGAGGAAGAGCUGCGGGCAGUUCAGGCCACAAUGAGCGGGAAGAGCCAGGAGAUCGGGAAGCUGAAGCAGCUGCUCUACCAAGCCACUGAGGAAGUGGAGGAGCUGAGGGCCCGGGAGGCGGCCAGCCUGCGGCAGCACGAGAAAACUCGGGGCUCCCUGGUGGCCCAGGCCCAGGCUUGGGGCCAGGAGCUGAAGGCUCUGCUGGAAAAGUACAACACUGCCUGCCGGGAGAUGGGUAGGCUGCGGGAGGCGGCGGCCGAGGAGCGGCGCCGGAGCGGGGACCUGGCCGCGCGCGCAGCGGAGCACGAGCGCCAGGCCAGCGAGAUGCGCGGACGCUCCGAACAGUUCGAGAAGACGGCGGAGCUGCUCAAGGAGAAGGUGGAGCAUCUCAUCGGGGCUUGCCGGGACAAGGAGGCCAAGAUCAAGGAAUUGUUGAAGAAGCUGGAGCAGCUUUCAGAGGAGGUUCUAGCUGUUCGGGGAGAUAAUGCUCGCCUUUCUCUACAGCUGCAGGAUUCCCAGAGGAACCAUGAAGAGAUCAUCUCUACCUAUAGGAAGCAUCUGCUGAAUGCUGCUCAGGGCUACAUGGAACAGGACGUGUAUAAUAUCCUCCUGCGAAUCCUCAGCAUACAGGAGUGAAGCAACCCGUGCCCUAAAGAAUAUGGGAUCUCUCUGUUGGAACAGAGCAUCCUGGUUGGCAGAGGCUCCAUCAGGCUGUGGUGGGUGGUGGGUUGGCCACUGGGGGUGGUGUGGGUGGAGCUUCACCUGACAUUAUGGACCCCAGAUCUGAAAACCUGGACCC